AGGAACUAUUGCUUCAACUAUUUUUAUCAAAGAUGACACAAUAUGUAUUUGAUGGUGAGUGCCUGCCAAAGAAUGAUAUGAUAUGCAUUGAAGAAUAACAUUUAUAAAUGUAUUUUGUGAUGAGUGAAAAAUUUCAGUAGACUUCUAUUCCAGAGUGAUAGAAUAUGUUGAGAUUAUUGGAUUAGUAGGAUAAUGAAGAUUCAGAAAAGGAACAUAGCCCAACCAACAAAAUUUUGCCUUGAUCAUUUUCGUGUUGUUAAAAUUAAAAAAAAAAAAAAUUCAGUUCUAAGUUAAUUGCUGAUAGCUAAAAAGGAGGGACCAGAAGAGCCUAUAGAAAUUCUUAAGCUGUAGUUUUCUAUAAAACAAUUUUUGUCAAGAAAUUCAGAUUCAUGCUAAGAGAUAAAGUGGUUUUUCCUAUGAAGCCAGCUGCCUUUGAUAAUGAUCUUGAUUGUAAUAUAGUCGAGUCUACUCUCUUUGUUAUUCCUCUUCCAAAUUUGUUCUUUAAUAUCCCUCUUGCACAAAAUUAAUAUUCACUGUGUAAUGUGAUAUUAGUAAGUUCUAACUGUUCAAAUAAAGUAACAGUGGCAAACAUGUAAUUUCCCACAAAAUCUACAUAGACACUCAAUAAGUCUUUUUUUCUUGUUGUUAAUUUAUACUGCCUAAUUUAAUUAUUUCCUUUCUCAAGAUAAUCAGAUUUCUUAUUUUCUCAACAGGAAACAAGAAAAUCGGAGUGCUGGAGCCAUGUUCAUCCUCUUGGGCUUCUCAGAAUACCCAGACCUCCAGGUGCCCCUCUUCAUGGUCUUCCUGACCAUCUACAUGGUCACCGGUGUUGGGAAUCUGGGCAUGAUCUUAAUCAUCAGGAUCAACCCGAAACUCCACACCACCAUGUACUUUUUCCUCAGCCACUUGUCGUUUGUUGAUUUCUGUUACUCUUCAGUAGUUACACCCAAACUGUUAGAAAACCUGGUUGUGGAAGACAGAACCAUCUCCUUCACAGGGUGUAUCACACAGUUCUUCUUGGCUUGCAUAUUUGUGGUGACAGAGACAUUCACGUUGGCAGUGAUGGCUUAUGAUCGAUUUGUGGCAGUUUGUAACCCCUUGCUCUAUACGGUUGCAAUGUCCCCAAAGCUUUGUUUCUUGUUGGUGGCUGCCUCCUACUCUUGGAGCAUAGUCUGUUCCUUGACAUUCACCUAUUUUCUGUUAACAUUAUCCUUUUGUGGGACUAACUUCAUAAACAACUUUGUCUGUGAGCAUGCUGCCAUUGUUGCUGUGUCCUGCUCUGACCCCUACAUUAGUCAGAAGGUCAUUUUAGUGUCGGCCACAUUCAAUGAAAUAAGCAGCCUUAUUAUCAUUCUUACUUCCUAUGUUUUCGUAUUCAUCACUAUCAUGAAGAUGCCUUCAACUGGGAGGCGACACAAAGCCAUCUCCACCUGUGCCUCCCACCUAACUGCCAUUUCUAUCUUCCACGGAACCAUCCUUUUUCUCUACUGUGUGCCUAACUCCAAGGGCUCAUGGCUCAUGGUCAGGGUGGCCUCUGUGUUUUACACAGUGGUCAUCCCCAUGCUGAACCCCCUGAUCUACAGCCUCAGGAACAAAGAUGUGAAGGAGGCAGCUAGGAAGAUAGUGAAUACCAAGUUACCCUGUCACAAACUGUAA